GGAGGUGGUGGAUGUCUCCUCUAUGAAAGCAUUGUGCGACACCCUGCGCUGCUGCAUGCGCUCCAUACGCGCGCGCUCCUCUCUCCUAGCGGUGAUUUCGCGUUACUGAAUAAUACCCGCCAGAGAAACAACCGACGGAGUGACAGAGGGGGAGACGCGCUCAGGGAGACAGGGACAUGAGCUUCUCGUUCAAAUGAAACAGCCAGCAGUGUGACGAUGACGGCUAAAGGCAGACAUAAAGCGGUCCCCUUCCCCCUGGCCCACCGCCUGACCAUGAAGGAGGUGUUUGACUCAGACGGCCGACCGAGGGUGGACCUGCUCAAAGCUCACCUCACCAAGGAGGGCCGUCUGGAGGAAGCCGUGGCCCUGCGCAUCAUCGAUGAGGGCGCCGCCAUCCUGCGCCAGGAGCGCACCAUGUUGGAUAUUGAGGCGCCAGUCACGGUGUGUGGAGACAUUCACGGCCAGUUCUUCGACCUGAUGAAGCUGUUUGAAGUGGGGGGCUCUCCUGCCAACACACGCUACCUCUUCCUAGGGGACUACGUGGACAGGGGCUACUUCAGUAUUGAGUGCGUGCUGUACCUUUGGUCACUGAAAAUCCUAUACCCAAAGACCCUUUUUCUUCUACGAGGAAACCAUGAAUGUAGACAUCUGACAGAAUACUUUACCUUCAAACAAGAAUGUAAGAUCAAGUACUCAGAACAGGUGUACGAUUCCUGCAUGGAGGCGUUUGAUUGCCUGCCACUGGCAGCGCUGAUGAACCAGCAGUUCCUGUGUGUGCAUGGAGGACUUUCACCGGAAAUACACACUCUGGACGACAUCAAGAAGUUGGACCGAUUUAAGGAGCCCCCAGCGUUUGGGCCCAUGUGUGACCUGCUAUGGUCCGACCCCCUGGAAGACUUUGGCAACGAGAAGACCCAGGAGUAUUUUGGGCACAACACAGUCAGAGGAUGCUCUUAUUUCUACAGUUAUCCUGCAGUGUGUGAGUUCCUACAGACCAACAACCUGCUGUCCAUCAUCAGAGCGCAUGAAGCGCAGGACGCGGGAUAUCGCAUGUACAGGAAGAGUCAGACCACAGGCUUCCCCUCCCUCAUCACCAUCUUCUCUGCUCCGAACUACCUGGAUGUGUACAACAACAAAGCUGCGGUGUUGAAGUAUGAGAACAACGUGAUGAAUAUCCGUCAGUUCAACUGCUCCCCACAUCCCUACUGGCUGCCCAACUUCAUGGACGUCUUCACGUGGUCGCUGCCGUUCGUAGGAGAGAAGGUGACAGAAAUGUUGGUGAACGUCCUGAGUAUCUGCUCCGACGACGAGCUCAUGAACGAUGGAGAUGAGAUCUAUGACGCCAGUGCAGCUGCAGCAAGGAAAGAAGUGAUCAAAAACAAGAUCCGUGCCAUCGGGAAGAUGGCUAAAAUGUUUUCUGUUCUACGGGAGGAGAGCGAGAACGUCCUGACCCUGAAGGGACUGACUCCUACAGGCAUGCUGCCCAGCGGAGUGCUGUCUGGGGGCAAACAGACCCUGCAGAGUGCUACCAUUGAGGCCAUAGAAGCUAUUGAGACAGUUAAGGACGCUGAAGCCAUUAGAGGCUUCUCCCCGCAGCAUCGGAUCACCAGUUUCGAAGAGGCUAAAGGUCUGGACCGGAUCAACGAGCGGAUGCCGCCGCGGCGCGACGCCGUCAACAGCGUGGGCCUGUCGAUGGGCCGCAUGAAGAUGGGCGAGCCCAACGGGACCGACAACAACAGCAAUAUACAGUGAUC